AUGUCUCCUCGCACCUGUCUGACGCUAGAACAAAAGCUCCAAGUGCACCUAAAGCUCAAGCAGAAUCCUGGCAGGAACAACCCCAUGCUCGCCGAGUGGAUCUACGCAACUUUCAAGGCCCGGCGGCGCCGAGUGAAAUUCCCUCAGUUCGAGCGGGAACUGAGGGAAUUUUUCUUUCAGAACGAAGCUAAAACGGCGAUGGCGGACGACGUGCUCCUGCUGAAGGCGCAUGUGCUGGACUACGAUUAUGCGGUAUUGGUACGAGCCGUGGUAGGCAGCCACACGGAGUCGCAUAAGUCAGCUGGUAGGGCGAAGGCGACGGUGUCAAGUGGCGAGGAGACGGAGCCGCGACGUAAGAAGCUGACGAGCGACGACGUGUUGUUAGCGGUAAUGGUGCAAGCAGCGGUGGCCAGGCAAGUGGCACCACUUGCUACCUGGGCGGAAAGCCGCUGCCCCACGGGUCCGAAGUAUUACGCGUGCAACCAGAACGGGCACUACGCACGAAACUGUACGAAUGAGGAGGCGAAAGCUAAGAACGACGCGUACUUGCAGACGCGUGACACGAAGACGGUGUCGGAAAACAGCAAGAGGGCGGCGACGAAUAAUGAUGAAGAGAAAAGUCUGAUGGUGACGAAGGCGCUGGAUCAAACUGCUGGUGGUGGUGCGCAGAUGGCGGCGUCACGAGGGGUCGAGGGCCAGAUCCGAGGACGAGUCCGUGUGCUGACGGCGACAAUGCCGCUCACAAAAGAUGAUGAGGUAAAAAAUGAUGAGGUAACCGAUGACGAGGUGAACGAUGAUGAUGCGAACGAUGAUGAGGAGACGAAGGAGGAGUCCUCCGGCGUCGAAGACAACGAGGACGAGAUGAGCGAGAGGGGGCGGACGGCGUGCUGCGCGUCGUGGUCGGCCGGCAACCUGAUGAAUGAAAUAAUGCAGUUGAUGAGGACGGAGGCAGAGUCGAAGGACAGCGACCGAGCAGCGCAGUACGUGGCGACCGGCGACGUCGAGCUGGAGAAGGCGAGACACAACCCUGUGAUGACGAUGAUGACGAACGAGGUGAAGCUGGAGAAGGCGCGCCGGUGGCUGACUCAGCGGCAGCUGUGGGAGGCGGAGAUGGAGGCGACGGCCACCACCACGACGAACAAUGAGGACGAGGGCAACGCAACGCCCGAGUCAAUGACAAACGACGAGUCGCCGACGAAGGAAGAGUCGACGACAACCGAGGUAGUGCAGGCGACAGCCGGCGUGACGAAUGGCGAGCGCAAGGGCAACCAGACGCCCGAGCUUGCGGUGAGCAACGAGUCGAUGACGGACGAUGAGUCUGCAGUGAACAAAGCGUCGGUAAUGACCGACACGCUGGCGGGGAACGACAAGUCCACGGUGAGCGCGCUGACGGUGACAGCAGCUACGCAGACGGUGAUCGUAGACGAUGGCGAGGUUAAUAGUACGGUGACAGAUCCAACGGAGAUGGGGCCGGUGACGAACACGGCCCUCACCAAUGACGAGGACGUGCACCCGGGGGACGGCGGAAGCUCGAGCGCGGGCGAGAGCUCGUCUGACAGUAAUGAGCGUGCUGGUAGUGACGUGGAGCAAGCACGGCUCACACGGAAGAAGGCUCGCAAAGCCGCGAAGCGACUGCGAAAUCCGAUGACGAACGGCGCCGAGCAGCGGCCGAAGCUGUGGCGGCACUUGACGAACGAAGACAGCGCCGACAGCAUGACGGAGAUGACGGAGAUGACGAACGCUCAGCGUGAGGUGACGAACGCGCAACAAGCGGUGAAGGGCGAUGACGUAGAAUACGUGGGCGCCGACGACGGGCUUCCGACGGCAACGAUGGAAGUGGGCGGCGUCUCGUGGCGUGUGAAACUCGGCAGCUGCGCUCGCUAUACCAUCGCGGGCACUGAGUGGAUGGUCCAUGGUGACAAGCAGACCAUGAACGCUCCUGUUGACUACGUUGAAGGCAUUGGUGGCUUUCUACUUGACUUUCUGCUGGGAGUGGACUUCAUGAGGGCGCGUGGAGCGACCAUGGACUUCGAUCGCAACGAAGUUCGGUACGUGGACGGUGAGCGAGCGGUCGUAAUCCCGUUCCGGACGCAUGAUGGCGCUGGCGGAGCACGAGUCGCAGCUGUACAAAUGGUAAGCAGGGCCCGACUCACGGGCAAUGCCGUGAUGCCUGUUGAAGUCUCCGUAGCAGCUGAAGAUGGCGAACGCGGAUUGUUCGUGCAGACGAGGCACGGGAUCAGUGUUGUUGGCAGCGACGGUGACGACGGCUCGGAACGGAAGGGCCUGGCACGAUUACCCAACAAGAAGGAGCUGGGCACAUGGGUACCGGUGGAUGAUGACAUGCAGAUCCUGUCGAUGGGUGACAGCACGACACCUCUGGAUGACGAAGACGAAUUGACUGCGAGUACUGGGGAUUGUCCUCCUGCGACGGCCUUGGACAUCCACCACGAGUAA